AUGAAGAAUGUCAUCGAUGCCGAACACGUCGGCAAUGCAAGAGGCAGGAAUGAACAACUGAACCUUAUCGUCAGGAGCAACACGAGCACGCUGAACUUCGCGGAGCGUGAGGACGCAAAGCUCCUGGGCGGACUACGUUACGCAAGAGCAUCGUCGAUGAGAGGUCGGCGAUCACGUACAUACUCGUCGGCGCGCAUUCCGCAUACUGGACAUUAUGCACAAGCAAGUACAGUGGCAGGCAGUGCGAGAAAUGCACUAGGUAGAGAAUUAUACACAGGGAAGCUUGUAUCAGCUGAUAAAGCUUAUCGAAUGGCCAAGCAACUGCGUGCUUUACAUCGGUUGGAGGAUGAAAUGCGAGUGCAACAAACCCCUGAGUACCUGCGGCUCGUAUUCCAGAUUAAUACAGUCGAUGAGUUGAUGCGUAGUAUCCAAAACGAGCUUCGUUCGGAACCAAUUCCUCAGAAUGACGCAUGUGUGGAUCAGCUUGUCGAUGUUCACGAGGCAAUUCAGACGGAGAUGGAAAAUCUCAUCAAUUUCCCGUUCAUUGUGCAGCGAUAUGUCGACAUUUAUUCAGCACGACUCGAAAAUUUAUUGGAAUAUUCUUUCAACCACGCCUUCAUGCUACAUGAGCAUUGCCAAGCAGAGUUUGUCUAA